AUGGUGAAGAUUACUUUCCAGUCGGUCUCGGCGCAGAAAGCAGAGAAGGAGCUCGAUGGAGACAAAGCCGAGAUUCUCAUGCCCUAUGAACACGUGAGUUCAGCAUCUCCUUUCUAUAUUCCAUGUAUUGACAUAGCGUUGUGGAGAAAGAGGGAUUUUUUGCUGACCAAGAUGCAAUAAUUAGAUUAUAUCAGGGCUAUUUUUCCAAAACAAACCAUAACAUCAGCAGUAGGCCAUUCUGAAUAUAGUACCACUAAAUCAUUUAUUGUUACAAUAUUCUGUGUUGGUACUAUUGUUACCAGCAAUGAUACACUGUUGCAGUGAAAGCGCUGGAAACACGGAUAUAAAGUAACCGUUUAAAAGCGAUACAAGCCAGGCAGCACAGCAGGAGGAUGUUGACAUUACGUCACCUUCUUAGGCUUAGGCUAGGUGUGUGGGUUGGGGGGGGGGAGACACUGCAGGGGUGUAUUCAUUCCGCUGAUUUUGUUGCAAAACUUUUCUUAAACGGAACGAAACGGGGCGGGACCUACCUUAAAUAGUCCAAUAGAAACUCUCGUUUUGCUGUUUGCUUCCGUUUGGUUCUUAAACAGUUUCUGUAAUGAAUAUACCACAGAUGUAGCCACGAAUUGUAGACUAUACUAGACAAUUUUUGUCGAAUAAUAGCUAUGUUUAUCGAAAGCUUUCAAUACAAAACGUUUAUGUUUUGAUAUUGGGAAGUUGUAUCACGUCAAUAAUUACGAUGUAAAUUGUGCAUAAAAAUGGAAACGUUAUGGCUGCGCUAUGGUUACCGAAGUGGUUUCCCCCGCCAAUCCAGCAGGAAGCGCGUGAGAGCCACCUGCGCAGUGGGGCUGUUUAUUUAUUUAUUUUUUAAAUGAGGGCGCAAUGCAUUAAUUUAAAUAGUGUAAUGUGAUUUAUUUUCCUUGUGUCAUGAUCACCCUAAUCUAUGCCGUCUGCACUGAUCUGAAAAUACUUCACAGGUGCAAUAUGGUAGACAUAGGCCUACUUCGGGUGGCUUUCAUCUGUUCUGUUCAUUCAAACCAGAUUAAGGAAAGGAGAUGAGGAAAGAAAUGAAGUCACACUGUAGAGAGUCAUAAGAAAUAUGCUUUGGUUACAUAACUGUCAGGGAGCUGCUAAAAGGGUGGCCAUACUGGAUUUGCAUAAAAAGCAAAAAAAGACGGUAGGGAGGUGGGAGACGGGAUUCUUGCAAAGGUGUCAUAGGAGACGUAUAUAUACCAAAUCUGUAUAAGGACUAUUAAUAUCAACUCCGGCUUGAGAUUCCUUUUCCACGCAAUCGCUCUGAUCUCCCUCCCACUGGAGGUGUGUGAUGUAACAGCUGUCACAGCUACAAAUAAGGCAUUUGGAAGUAGAGGCCUAUGAAUAGAGCUACCAGACAACCGCGCCAGCCUCCUUCGCCGUCACUCGGCACACACAACGCAACCUGUCUCAUCCCUUUUGAUCCUCCGUAGUCCCUAGCAACCGCGUGUGGGUACCGUCUCUAGCUAGCGACUAGCGUAUCGCUAAUAGCGAACAGAUUGACGGUAGGGCUGAGAGACUGUGGGUGGGCUGUUGGGAUGAGGAGGCAUUUCUAGCCUUAAGCCUACAGUACGUCUUAGAGAUGUCCUCUCUGACUAACCGCUUGGCAAGGACAGAGUGGUCUCAUCAGACUAAGCAAGAAAAUAUGGCUUGUAGAACAGGAAAGCGUGGCUGUGUGAGAGGUUCACUCUAAGAUAUUAUAUGACUGAUUAUUUCUGCUCGGAUGAAUUUGAUUAUAUCAUAGUCAUGAGUUUUUUUAGGUGAAGAUAACUGCUUAGCUACUACCACCAACAUAGAGUGAAACGGAAACUGCUGUUUCAUAGCGGGAGCAUCCUGCUGAUAAUUCUUAUUGAACUUAUCAGACAUUGGCCUGUAGGUCUGACCUGUGUAUUGUUUCUUCCACCAGGAGCUGGUUCUUCCUCUGAGGCCCAAGAAGUCUCAUCUGAAUGGACUCUGUUGUCUCACCUUUGGCCUGGUGGUGUUCAUGUCAGGACUGGUGCUGGCCUCCAUAUACGUCUAUCGCUAUUACUUCAUACCACAGGUACUAUACUACUGUACUUCACUAUACUACGCUACAUAACUACCACUAGUAACUUAUUUUUCAUACUACAGGUCAGAUAUUAUAUUACUUUUACAUACUACCUCACACAACUUACUACACUAUACUACUAUAAUAUAACUAUACUACACUACAUAACUACCACUAGUAACUUAUUUUUCAUACUACAGGUCAGAUAUUAUAUUACUUUUACAUACUACCUCACACACCUUACUACACUAUACUACUGCACAACUACCAGUAGUAGCUACUACUACCUGCUACAUCAUACCUCACAUAUUCAAUCAUACAGACAGAUUGGUUCUGAUUGAAGCAAUGAUGAUUCAUAUACAGUACCAGUCAAAAGUGUUUCUUUAUUUUUUACUAUUUUCUACAUUGUAGAAUAAUAGUGAAGACAUCAAAACUAUGAAAUAACACAUAUGGAAUCAUGUAGUAACCAAAAAAGUGUUAAACAAAUCAAAAUAUAUUGUAUAUUUGAGAAUCUUCAAAGUAGCCACCCUUUGCCUUGAUGACAGCUUUGCACACUCUUGGCAUUCUCUCAACCAGCUUCAUGAGGUAGUCACCUGGAAGGCAUUUCUAUUAACAGGUGUGCCUUGUUAAAAGUUAAUUUGUGGAAUGUCUUUCCUUCUUAAUGCGUUUGAGCCAAUUAGUUGUGUUGUGACAAGGUAGGGGUGGUAUAUAGAAGAAAAGAAAGCCCUAUUUGGUAAAAGACGAAGUCCAUAUUAUGGCAAGAACAGCUCAAAUAAGCAAAGAGAAACGACAGUCCAUCAUUACUUUAAGACAUGAAGGUCAGACAAUCUGGAAAAUCUCAAGAACUGAAAGUUUCUUCAAGGGCAGUCGCAAAAACCAUCAAGCGCUAUGAUGAAAGUGGCUCUCAUGAGGACAGCCACAGGAAAAGAAGGCCCAGAGUUACCUCUGCUGCAGAGGAUAAGUUCAUUAGAGUUACCAGCCUCAGAAAUUGCAGCCCAAAUAAAUGCUUCACAGAGUUCAAGUAACAGACACAUCUCAACAUCAACUGUUCAGAGGAGACUGCAUGAAUCAUGCCUUCAUGGUCGAAUUGCUGCAAAGAUACCACUACUACAGGACACCAAUAAGAAGAAGAGACUUGCUUGGGCCAAGAAACACGAGCAAUGGACAUUAGACCGGUGGAAAUCUGUCCUUUGGUCUGGAGUCCAAAUUACCAAGAAGGAGUGUGAUGGAGUGCUGCAUCAGAUGACCUGGCCUCCACAAUCAACCGACCUCUAUCCAAUUGAGAUGGUUUGGGAUGAGUUGGACCUCAGAGUGAAGGCAAAGCAGCCAACAAAUGCUCAGCAUAUGUGGGAACUCCUUCAAGACUGUUGGAAAAGCAUUCCAGGUGAAGCUGGUUGAGGGAAUGCCAAGAGUGUGCAAAGCUGUCAUCAAGGCAAAGGGUGGCUACUUUGAAGAAUCUAAACUCUAAAAUAUAUUUUGAUUUUUUAAAACACUUUUAUGGUUACUACAUGAUUCCAUAUGUGUUAUUUCAUAGUUUCGAUGUCUUCGCUAGGUAGAAAAUAGUAAAAAUUAAGAAAAACCCUUGAAUAAAUAGGUGUGUCAAACAUUUGACUGGUACUGUAGAUAUACCACAUAUAGAUAUCCCCCUGACUAUCCUAACCCUGUUCUGAUCUGUUCUCUCUCUGUGUUCUAGAUUCCUGAGGACAGUCUGUUCCACUGCAGGGUGCUGUAUGAGGACUCUGUGUACGCCCCCAUGCACGGCAGACAGGAGCUGGAGGAGAACGUGGGCAUCUACCUAGACGACAACUACGAGCAGAUCAGCGUGCCCGUACCCCAUUUCGGAGGGAGUGACCCCGCAGACAUCAUCCACGACUUCCACAGGGUAAGAACCAAGGGACCCUCAGUCAUCCCUAUGCCAAUACACACAGCCAAUGUGGAGUCUGAUACAAGGCAGCCAUUUUGUGCCAGAAUGCUCACCCAUUGCCAACUGGUAUACAUAUGAGCAUAUGAUUCUGGAGAAUGUGUCUUUAAGGGUCUGUGUUCUACAAGGCAAUGAAAGCUUUAUGUGACCUUCUCUGUUAUUAAGUGUCAGACUGGAGUACAUCUGUGGGUUUGUGUCACGAGAAUUCUGUUAUCUCAAUGGUUGAAGUCAACUACUUCUUAAAUCUUUAAAUAAUUCCCAGAGGUGUAAAUCUCUAGUUUAAAUAAUGAAUUAAACAAAGACCCCUUUCUGCAAUGGUCAGCCUUUAUUCAUGAGAGCGCUCUGCCACAAAAUGGACGUACAAUAUUUUUAUACACACACGUCAGAGGAAAAAUCCCACCCUGCUUUAGGCGGGCUGUAUUUUUCCACUGUACACAUCUUGUAAACUCACACCUGGGUUUAGCUCAUGUGGUUAUCCUCUGCUCUCCUGACCAUCAGGUCACACAUACACACACACAUAUGUUCUUAUCAUAGUCUACUCCUUGCUCGGGCAGGCUGCAUUUUUUCUCUAUUCCCAUACAUAGUUAUUGCUGUUCUCACAAUAUCCUGCAAGCCUUUCACUCCCCUUCCCUGUGUGUUUUUGGAACCAGUCUCCUGUUAUUGGUUUCAAUCGUUUUGCACUUAUAAUAAUAAUAAUAUAAUAAUAAUAAUAUGCCAUUUAGCAGACGCUUUUAUCCAAAGCGACUUACAGUCAUGCGUGCAUACAUUUUUGCGUGCAUACAUUUUUGUGUGCCUAAUUACAAGACACAAAUACUCUGUUGCUGGGCAAAUAUGCAUCUUAUAUAAACACAUUUGAUUAACUCUCUAAGCCAGGGGUGUCAAACGUCCGGCCCGCGGGCCGGAUCAGGCCCGCAAACGGGUUUAAUCCGGCCCGCGAGAUGAUUUUUGAAAAAAAUAAAAAAUAAAAUAAAUUAAUAAUAAUAAUUUUGUAAAGUAUAAAAAUGCGCUGCAAUUUUUCAAUAAAAUAAACUGCUGUUCCAAUUGCGUCCACCGGAUGGCGCAAUAGCAAUUGUGUUAAGCAAGCAAACUGUUUAUACCGGGGCAGAGCAAGUAGGUCAAGCACGUGCAGCCAAUGAGCUACUUUGUUUUGCCCGCGAUAUUUAUUACGGCUUCUACUUUUAACAUUAUGUGCUUUGGCACCCUCAUUGCCCCAAUAUGUCUCUGUCAAAAAAGAGAAAAGUGGACGCAGAGUGCAGAGUGUUCCAAGAAAAAUGGUCAUCCUAUUUAUUCACGGAAUUGAAUGGGAAAGCUGUAUGUUUGGUGUGUUCAGAGCAUGUUGCAGUGCUGAAAGAAUAUAACCUUUGUCGCCACUAUGUGAGUCUUCAUGCCGACAAAUAUGACAACUUUCAAGGACAGCGGAGAUGAGAGAAGGUGAAUGAACUGUUGGCGGGUCUGAAGAAACAGCAGUCUGUGUUUACUCACAGCCGAGACAUCAGUGACGCUGCAGUGAAAGCUAGCUACCUCAUUGCUAAUGAAAUCGCAGUGGCUUCAAAACCAUUUAGUGAGGGUGAAUUUGUAAAAACAUGCAUGAUGAAGGCAGUGGAGAUUGUGUGCCCUGAAAAGCGGCAGGCUUUUGCAAAUAUCAGCCUGACAAGAAACACAGUUGCAGACAGGAUUUCCGAUCUUUCAGUGGAUUUGGACAGCCAGUUGAAGCAAAAAGUAAAGUCAUUUAUUGCGUUUUCGGUUGCAAUUGAUGAAAGCACGGACAUUACAGAUGUUGCACAACUGGCCAUUUUCAUCCGCGGAGUUGAUGACACAUUGACCGUCACCGAGGAGUUCGUGGAGUUGGUGCCGAUGACAUACAACUCUAGCACUAGAGUGAAAGCACCGCCAGCAUUCAAAAGUGACCAAAACAUCAGCCAGGAAGCAUAGGAACUGAGAAGUGGUCUGUGGUCACCACCUGCAAAACCAGUCCUUUAUUGGGGGUGUCUUGCUAAUUGCCUAUAAUUUCCACCUGUUGUCUAUUCCAUUUGCACAACAGCAUGUGAAAUGUAUUGUCAAUCAGUGUUGCUUCCUAAGUGGACAGUUUGAUUUCACAGAAGUGUGAUUGACUUGGAGUUACAUUGUGUUGUUUAAGUGUUCCCUUUAUUUUUUUGAGCAGUGUACUUCUGUGAAUCACUGAGGCAUUGUGUGUUUGUGUGUUCUUUGUCCUCAGAACUUUCAAAUAACUUGAGGUGUUUUAUGAUUAAUAGUGAUGUUGUGCUUUUGGACACUGUCCUCAGGCUCCAGCUUUAUGUUUAUAUGUUUUUAUGUUGAUGUGCUAUUGUUUUUAAUUGUUUUUAUUUUAUUUGUAUAUUUAACCUAUUCUUGACUCUGUGGUUCUUGCACUUGUUUGGGGAACAGGAUUUCAUUAUUUUUAUCUACAUUUCUGCCUGAGAAAUGACACCCUGAUAUAGUUCUGUGAUCUGUGAAACAGUUCUGUUAAUCACUGAGGCAUUGUGUGUUUGUGUGUUCUUUUUCUUUAGAAUUUUCAAAUAAACUUGACGUGUUUUAUGAUUAAUAGUGAUGUUGUGCUUGUACUAUUUUGGACACACUGUCCUCAGGCUCCAGCUUUAUGUUGUAUGUUGAUCGUAUUAAAACAAAGAAAACAAUCUGAAGUUGUUGUUUUUAAGUUAUAUAUACCAUGAUUUUUCCGGUCCGGCCCACUUGGGAAUAGAUUUUCCUCCAUGUGGCCCCUGAGCUAAAAUGAGUUUGACACCCCUGCUCUAAGCUCUAGUCUACUAAUAGUCAUACAUUAUUAGUUUAACUGAGGGUGUGACAUUUUAGUCAUAUCUUACUCACACAUUUCUUUAUCAGUUUGGUAAAUGCUGACGUUUCCUUCCUCCUUCAACUCUGCUGCAAGACGUGGAGCAAAGACCUUUCUGCUACUCAAAGGUAAAGAGUUAUUCAAUACCUCGGAAUUGAUGAUACAUUUUUUGUUGUCAUUUCUAAUUCCAGGGUCUGACUGCGUACCACGACAUUGCCCUGGACAAGUGUUACGUGAUUGAGCUCAACACCACCCUGGUCAUGCCACCAAGGAACCUGUGGGAGCUGCUGGUCAACGUCAAGGUAUGCUAUUGUGUUAUGUCUAUCUAUUUGACUUAAUCUGUGUACGCCCUGUGAAGGACAGUUAUAUAAAGUGUGUUUGUCUCUCUCUCCAACAGAAGGGGACGUACCUGCCCCAGACCUACAUCAUCCAGGAGGAGAUGGUGGUGACGGGGAGGGUGAGGAACAUGAGACAGCUGGGGCCCUUCAUCCACCGGCUCUGCUACGGAAAAGACACCUACCGCCUCAAACGCCAACGCGACGCACGUCGACGUAAGUAACACACACACACACUCAGAUAUAUUAUCUCACGCGUCGGCAUACAUUUUCACACUCACACACACACUCGCAAUCACACACAGAUGUCCUUGUCAACAUGAGAUGAAUGUAAGUGCUAUGUCAUCAGUUAGACUCUUGCUGUCCUGUACAGAGCAGAGGAGAGGAGAACAGAAGACUGUGUGUUUCAUAGUAGUCACUGAGUCAAGAGAGAAUCCGUGGGUUGGCUGACUGUGUGGUGGGAGAAACGCUGACUGUCAGAGGCCUCCAUAUGAAACCCAUCAUCACAAAGGAAAUGGAGAUGGCCAUGUCGAUAUCAGAGCUUCCUGUGUGGGCUCAGACAGGGUGUGUGUGUGUGUGAGAGCAUGCACGUAUAUGUGUGUGGGCUCCGCCAGGCGCUAGCCUCCCACAAUAUGAGUUGUUGGCAAACUUCCACACACAUAUCCCUGUAUGAUUACCAUGUCAGAGCCAUCACGUGUGUGUAUGUGAGUCAUUUCUCCAACACACCAUCAGGCAGCAUGCGUGAGGGAGGAAGUGACGCGUAGUAGGGAUUUGCUCUGUGAUUGGCCAGUUAUAGAACCAGAGCAUUGAUGUAACAUGCUUCCUUGCCACUGAGCACAUAUGGACUGAUAGGCAACUCCAUUGAUCCAAGGUGAGGCUAGUACUGGUAGUCAUGGUAACAGUGAAUGAGGUAGGCAGCUCCCUCAACUGUUGUAUUUCUGAAUAAAGCUAACUAGUCUUAUGAGAAUGCAUGUACAUAGACUAUCAUAAUGGUUAAUAGGCAGCCAAUAUGUGGACAUAUGAACACAAAUGGGGAGUGGCCAGUACCUCUGUAACCCAGCACAGCAAUAGCACAAUAGAUAUCCCAAUCCCUAUCAUAUCAUAUCAAAAGUAUGUUAUAGGUAUAACAUAAUGGAACAUGACACAUAACCCUGGAUGUAAGCUUACCUAUCUUCUCUUCUUCUCCAUCCCUCUCUCUAGGCAUUGACAAGCGCGAGGCGAGGAACUGCCACAGCAUCCGUCACUUUGAGAACACCUUUGUUGUCGAGACGGUGAUCUGCGACAGGGUCUAA